AUGGAUAGCGUUCUAAACUUAAACGAGCGCCCGGCACAAGUCGAUUUAAAUGAAUGCUACGAGUUAAGAAAGGCGAAGAGCUACAAGAAUACAAUUACAUAUAUUCCAGGUCAAAUGGAAAAAGAGAGAUCAUCCGUAGAAUGUCUAGCCAAGCCAUAUAAAAUACCACCACAAGCCAGAGCUUCUACGCUAUACUCCGCCAUUGAUGACCCAGCUGCCCGAAAUUUACAAGAUGAGAUGAUAGGAGAAAAAGAGAAAAGGAGAAGGACGUCUAGACCAUGUUUAAAAUGA